AUGAGUCUUACAGCCGAUAUGGGGCGAGAGGCAACAUGUCUCGUCAGGGCAGAGGAUACCAAACAGGCGCUGAACAUCUCCGGAGAUGAAGCCGGCGGUCUUAAGCGUCUUCACCAUAUUCCUUGGCCGGAGACAGCUCUGGAGCGUCGCAGAUGGCAGCUGGAGCAAAUGGCAGGGGCAUUUCGCGUCUUCGCGAAACUGGGCUUUGCAGAUGGAGGCAGCGGACAUAUCAGCAUGCGAGGUAAGAGAUUACAAUUUGUUCUGCCUGCAGAACGACAAGGAAACACACCAGGUCUUCUAAUUAGCACUGAGUGUUCGAUAGACCCCGUCGAUCCAAGCACAUUCUGGCUCAACCCCUACGGUGUGCAUUUUGGUGUACUGACCGUGUCUGACAUGGUCCAAGUCGACGAUCAAGGAAACCGCAUUGGUGGCGCUGACAAGGCUGUAAAUGCAGCCGGAUUCAUGAUUCACAGCGCCAUACAUGCUUCACGGCCAGAUUUGCAUGCCGUAUGCCAUGCUCAUAGCCCAUAUGCCCGCGCGUGGAGCACUUUUGGGCUGCCCAUCGACAUGCUCAACCAGGACAGCUGCAUGUUCUAUAACGACCUGAGCGUCUACCCCUCAUUCGGUGGUGUCGUGUUUGCUUCCGAGGAAGGACGCCGGAUUUCGGCCGCAAUGGGCCCCAAGAACAGGAACCUGCUGCUGCAGAAUCAUGGUUCAUUAACGGCUGGAGGUACAGUUGCAGAGGCGGCCGCUUUCUUCAUAGCGCUCGAGAGAGCAUGCCAUACCCAGCUACUGGUUGAAGCUGCUGUCACCCCUGGAAACCUACACAAAACGCUCGUCGGAGAAAAAGAGGCUGAAUAUACCAAGAGAGGGACGGGGAGUCCCGAGGUGAUGUACAUGCAGUUCAUGCCAGAGUACCAGAUGGUUCUGAAGGAGUCCAAUGGCGAUUUCUUAAUGUAA